AUGCGGCGGGCGGAUCCCAGCGGCUCCUCCCAAAUCAACGAGCGUCUGCCCGAGGAAUCCGUGGAUGGAGAGCUCAAAAAAUCCCGGAAUGGGAAGAAACAACGGAAAAGGAAGCGCUCUCCCAAAUCCCGGAGCGGUGGCGAUUCCCGCCCGGAAUUCCUGCUGGGAAUGGCGGCCGAGCGUGUGUGGUUCGAUAAACCCUUGUACGACCGGGCGGAAAACAUUUACAGGGAAAAACUCCUGGAUUCCUGGAGUGGGGAAGCGCCUGGAAGUCCCAAAUCCCUGAAGAAUUCCCGACGAGAACGCCGGACGGGGUUACGGCACCGCCCUGCCCCUCCUGCCAUUCCCAGCUCCGCCAUUCCCGCUUUUCCCGGCUCGGAGCGGGCACCGGUGAGCGGGAAGCCGCAGAUUCCCAGCUGGGGAGCGCUGGUGGCGGCGGAAGCGUGGCUGGAAAAGCCCCUGUACGACAGCGCCGAGAGGAAUUUCUACGAGAGGAUUUUCUCCCGGAAUUCCCAGCGGGAAAACGACCAGGAAAAUCCCAAAAAAAGCGGGAAGAGAGAGGAAAUUCCCGGAAUUCCCGAGGAUAUCCCGGCUUGUUUCUUCCUGCACCGGGAUAGUGAAUCCAUCUGGCUCCACAAGCUCUCCUACGACAGAGCUGAAUCCCGUUUUUUUUCCAUGGAAGCUUCCAGAGCUGCCGGGAUUCGGGAAUCUCCCUUGGGAAAUCCUUCCCCGCCCAUCCCGGCUCCGGGAAUGAAGAAAAUGGCUCUGGAUCAUUUCCUGCACGACAAGGUGUGGUUGGAGAAGCACAAAUACGACGAUGCCGAGCGCAGGUUCUACGAGCGCCUCAACGGCCCCUUGGGAGGCUCCUCCCGCCCCCAGGUAAUUCCAGACCUCGGGAAUUCCCACUGGGAUUUGGGAGGGAAUUGGCCAAGGGGGUUUUUCCACUCAGGGCUGGGUUUUUCCCGAGUUUUCCCGGUUAUUCUGGGAUUUUUCCAGGGAUUUUCCCUCAUAGUCUCAGGAAUUUUUCCCUCAUAGUGCCAGAGAUUUUUCCAGGGAUUUUUCCCUCAUAGUGCCAGGGAUUUUUCCAGGGAUUUUUCCCUCAUAGUGUCAGGGAUUUUUCCCUGUAGUAACAGGGAUUUUUCCAGGGAUUUUCCCUCAUAGUGCCAGGGAUUUUUCCCUGCAGUGCCAGGGAUUUUUCCCCAGGGAUUUUUCCCUGUCUACGAGCGCCUCAACGGCCCCUUGGGAGGCUCCUCCCGCCCCCAGGUAAU